AGAUGACGAGGAAGGAUGCAGCGAGGUACGAAAUCGCAGCCUCUUUUCGUAUCUCCGGCACAAUAAUCGCAACCUAUCGAGAUGCUGGUGCGCAUCUACGUUGCUCUAUUGUUUUAAUCAAUUGUGUUUCACAUCCUGUGCGGUCGUGCGUGUGCCGUUGAGUAUAACUACACAAGGAAAGGUAAUAUAACCGGUGCUGUUUGCGUUUGUGUGUUGUGAAUAGUUUUCGUCGAACUGCGUGACUUUGUGCUGCAAACAAUUGUGUUGAUGCGUAGUAGGCCCCUGGCAGAAGCUUGUGGUUCUUUUUUGGGAAACAAAAUUUGAACAUCAGCUGUGCAGCUUCGGUUGUUUAUUUUGGUGAUAAUUACUUGUGAUAUAAAAUGUAUGCUCGAUACGAGUUGUGGGUUACGUUGUACAGAAAGUUUCUGAAUCAGUUGAAAGAAUGCUGCAACAGCAGCAGUUCGCACAGUUUGGCACCAACGUUGGCAAAUCGGCUAGUGGCUCGGGAAUUGCAUAGUGACUCCGAUGGCUGGAACAAGUGCCGUAAUGCACUCCUUCUAGAAUACCGGAAGCAUCGUCAGCGUCUGGCAAAACGGGAACAGCUUGAGCUGGUCCGCGAAAUGAUUGCCGCUCGUGAAAUCGCUCAACACUGCCGGAGUAAUAACCGUACCUACAGUGAGCUACGUGAUCUUGAAGCAAUGGAUAACGGACGGCCAUUGUCAUUCGUGCAGCGUAUAUUUCUUGAGAAUCGUUACAUCUUCGAGGCGAUCGCGAAACACGUACGUACCGCCGAACUCCUGACCGAUGUGCGGGUGAAUCCGACGCUCGAACAGCUACAGGUUGGCAAGUGUAACUUGCGACCAGAAACCUUGCGCCGCCUGACCGAGUAUGUGCUGGAAAGCGAGUACUGUGGCUGGGUGCACAUCUACACGGAUGCUUCAAAGUCUCCGGAUGGCCAGUGUGGCAUCGGUGUGUACGACGAAACGAACGACGUACGGAUUGCCGUUCAGCUGAAGCUCGACACCAGCAUCAUGACGGCGGAAACACUAGCGAUCAAGGUAGCCAUGCAACACAUUGCCGACCGCAGCAUCCAUCGAGCAGUGUUGCUAACAGACAGCCAAGCGGCGUGUACGUUUUUGAAGAAAAAUCGCCAAUCCCGCUAUCGAAAUGCGGUGGCCAACGAAAUCCUGGAGCUGGCGCGUACAUUUCAAGUUAACAUCCAGUGGAUACCGGGGCACGUCGAGGUAACCGGAAACACGAUUGCGGAUGAUCUGUCGCGUGCCGCUCUUGCCAACGGUACGGAGCGGUUGGAGAACGACAUUUUCGUCCACGACGCCAUCAGCUACUUUGAGGAACGGCAAGCGCCGAAAAUUAACAAAUGGUACCAGGAGUACAUUCGUCUGAAAGGAAAAUCCCUGAAACAACUCUGUGGAGAGGAAAACCGGGAGGCGGAUUCGGCACAAUCGUAUUGUGCGCUGUAAACGAUGAUCUCGCGAGGAAAAAUCGUAGGCGUAGAACAAAUUGCGUAUUUAUUUAUUUAUAUCGAAUGCUGUGUAUUUUUUUUGGAUCGGGAGGUGCAAAAACAAACGCUUAGUAUUUUGAGCAAUCUGCGAUAACGUUUGAGGACAUUUAAGUAUCUACAAACAAGUGUACGAUUGGGAAGAGCGAAUCUGCCAACACAUUGAACCAAUCAGAGCCGCCAGCACGACUAGUGCAGCUCAUCCAUUCCUUUCCGGUUAUCUUUCGAUGCCCCGACCGAUCGAUCGGUCAGGAACGCAGGCGACGUGCUCCAGUCCGUAGUUGGUCCGACGGUGAUAGAUAAUACGGACUCCGGCACAUCGGUUCGGUAUUGGUUGCGCUGCCCCACGAAAGUCACGCUACAACCCUUGCACAAAAUGGAUGUCGUCUACACCUCGGACAGCUGCGAUAGUGACUCGCGCGAACAGAAAACGGUCGAUCUGGGCCACUCGAACAAGCGGCAUCUAGAUGACGAUCUGCUGCGCGUUUCAAAGUCAAAGAAGCUGGCCGAAGAUAUCGAAACGGUGCUGCUCAAUCACAAUAAGCUGAUAAGAGUGCCGCUGUCGCUUGCCGACUUUACCAACCUGAAGGUGCUGGAUCUGAGCAACAAUCGACUGGAAGAGCUGCCUGACGUGAUCACGCAAUGCCAGCUGACGACACUGAUCGUAAAGAACAAUCUGCUGACGGAUAAGUCACUGCCAAAGUCUUUGCUAGCGGCGGCGGGCAGCGGCCUGAAGGAGCUCAAUUUAAGCGGCAACCGUUUUGCCCACUUUCCCGAGCAGGUGAUUGAGCUGCGGUCGCUGAAAUAUCUUUACCUGGGCGGAAAUCAAAUCACGAACGUUUCGAAGGAUAUAUGGAAGCUGCAAAACCUGCAGCUGCUGUCGCUCGGCGGAAACCUUAUUUCCGAAAUCCCGGAGACCGUCGGUUUGCUCAACCAUCUGCAUGCCCUCGUUCUCUGUGAUAAUCUGUUGGAGAUGCUGCCCGCAUCCAUAGCGCGACUGGUCAAUCUGAAGUCGCUACUAUUGCACAAAAAUCGUUUACGACAUCUGCCGCGGGAGAUUAUCACGUUGCGAAACUUAACCGAGCUGAGUCUGCGUGAUAACCCGUUGGUUGUGCGCUUCGUGAAGGAUAUGACAUUGAAUCCGCCAAGCUUGCUGGAGCUCGCAGGACGUACUGUGAAAACCUGUGCCAUUCGUUAUGGCGCGGAAGAUUUGCCGCGCACCUUGAUCGAGUACCUCCACACAGCGAACUGUUGCGUCAAUCCAAAUUGCAAAGGAGUAUUUUUCGACAACCGCGUAGAACAUAUCAAGUUUGUUGAUUUCUGUGGCAAAUACCGUAUUCCUUUGUUGCAGUAUUUAUGCUCCUCAAAAUGCGUUGCAGAUACUAGCUCAUCGGAUCCGGGCAGCGAGCCAAGCAGUAGCAUGAUGCGUAAAGUUUUGCUCGGCUAGCUCGGUCAGGAUAUGUUUCAAUGGUCAAUGGUACAAAUUGUUAGAGCUUAUCGCCAAAAAGCGCCAUACACACGGGUGGACAAUCAUGAGUACGACUACUACUAUUAUACAGCUACAGCUGCGUGCGUUCCACACUCUUCCCGCUGCACCGUAAAGAACGGUCGAUUGUUGUUCAAUGCUAAUGUGCUACUCUAGUUACAACCAGGAUUCAAUGUGUGCAAGAUAAUUUCAAAGAAGUUGAUAGAUCGACAUCGAGAUUGAAGAGAUAAGAGAGGUAUAGAAUGUUGUACCAUGUGCUAGACGCUAGCAUCUCAAAACACUGCAGCAACCUUAACAUCAUUCUCUUAUCGUAAAGCAAACGACCGCAACACCUCUUGGAAAGAUAAUGUGAUUUUUGCUCCAAGAGCAGCUAGUAGACGGAAAGCACUAAUAUUUACAAUAUGCGUAUACAACAAAAAAAAAAGGUUGAUUCUAAAAGAAAGAUAAA